AAGUGAAACAGCAAGACAAUUCAUGUAUCCAUUUCUUAACGAUGUGACGUGUAUUCUCUUUUAAUGCCUCUUGGCUGUGUAAACAGGAACUCCACAAUGAAGUUUCAGAUGAAAAUAAGUCAUUCAUUAAGCAUGAAUCUGAUUCUCAGUUUUGUAGUUUUCAUCGCUCUCCUUCUAAUAGUUUUUCCUAUUCUUGGAGCCGGAAUCACUGAUGUAUCUUCUGAUGUUCACGAGGCUCAGACAUUGCUGCAGAUUUCUGACAAAUUUCUUUAUUGUUUUGGAAUCCAAUCAUCUGAAAAAUUCCCACUCCCUGGACAGAUUUAUACGGAGACUCUGUCUUCGGUAAUACGUUCAUUUGCUUCGCAAAGUGAUGGUUCCCUGUCAGAAGCCGAAGCUAUCCUUUUCCAGACUAGUCUUGCCACAUCCAUUGCUGACAAUGUUGCUGUUGCUGAAUCUCAACCAAAUAAUCAUCCACCAAUCUUUCCUGUGGUGCUUCAACUGAUUUCAGAUUGUUUCACAGAAAUUACGGGGUAUCCGCCUUCAAACUUAAUACGAAGAAUUGAAACUUUCUUGCCGUUAUUAUUAGAAGUUACUAGUUAUGAGUGGGAUUCGUUUGGGACGGAGAACCAGGGAUUUCCUUCAGAAGUUCGAAGUUUAGGAGACUAUGUGAACCAAACACAAUCAAAGACAUCUUUGGAAAACUAUAAGACUGAAUCAACAAAUGAAAUUGAUUUGCCACCUUAUGACAGUGGACCUAGACAAACUUCUCAAAGUUUUGUUGAAAACAAGUCUCUCUUGAUUGUCAAUAAUUCGAGUAUUAACGAUUUCUUCUCAAAUAAGGAAGUAAACAAAAGGACUGAACCUGAUCAAUUUUUAAAUGGCGGUAAGCAAUUCUUUAUUGAAAACGAUGAUUCAUUCGAAGUGAAUAAAUUUGAAAAUGACUUUGGAACUUUACAACAUGAACUGAAAGUCAAUCAAGAAAAAUAUCCUUCAGUCAUUUCACCAGCCUUCGGUAAUUAUAAUUAUCCCAACUUUUCCAUUACUUCUGAAUUCUCCAUUGCAUUUUCUAAUGCUUUAAAAUCUUCAGAUUAUAUAUCAGAAGCCUUCGAAACUUCUUUACAUCCGAUAUUGGCAAGCAAGGCCUAUUACAAAGCAGUUUAUGAUGCCACCCUUGGAAUAAAAAAUCUUAACCCUGUGUCGAUUGCAAGAAUCUUUUCAAUGGCAAUCAAACAAACAUUUAAUGAAUUGACAGCGGAGCAACAUAUUAUGAGCUACGGAAAUGUUGUAGGCAAAUAUCUGAAUUCAAGAAAUCUGUUAACACCUGAAAACAUAAUGAUGUUUAGCAGUUCAUAUGUGAAUUUCAUUAAAAGUGCCUUGGAUAGUUUGAGAAUUAGUCAUUCAAAAGAAGCAAAUAUUGAAGCAAUUAUUCACGGUUUAAUGAAUUUUUUAGUGUAUUUGAAAGAUUUCGAUACAGAAGAUCUUCUUGAUUUAACAACAGACUUUGCUGACAAUGUUUUCACUUUCACAGGUAUCAGAAGAAAAAUUUUUAAUUCAGUGUCUCCAGUUUGUGAUGAUUUAAUAUUCAAUCAAAUUAUUAGUAAUGAUUCUAAUUUUAAAUCAAGUGUGGGAAAAAAUUAUGUAGGUGUAGUAAGCAAAUCCCACAUUAUUAAAAAUUAUAUGCAGGGUGGCAUAUUGCAUAAUAGUUUUAUUUCUAAAAAUUCAAAAAACUGUUCAUUGCCUUCUGUGAUUUCAUUCUUUACUUACACUUUUUCAGAAACUAUUUCACUUUCUGAAACUUUAUCAAACGCCUUUGAAAGAAGGUUAUUUGGAAUUUUCUUAAGUCGAGACCUUUUUUCGAUUAUGUAUGAUUAUUUUCGAAAAUUAGGCAUCGAUGACUUUUCUUCACGUCAUGUUUCGGGCAUUGUAUCUCAAGCAGUUAAUACGAGUUAUUAUGCUAUGACCCCAGUGGUGAUAACUAACACCAUUUCUAAUGUUAUUGGUCAUAAAUUACUUGAUGAGAAUAUCCUGUUAUUGAAAAAUUUCGAGCAUCUAUCUGAUUCGUACGUUAAUUAUUUAGAGACUUCUUUUAGAUUAUACGAUUCAAAUCAUACCUCAAGAUCAGUCAUUAGAUUAAUACUUGAAGGCACAGAAAAUUUUUUGUCUUCUCAAAAAACAUAUCUUGCUGACAAUGUAGAAAUUCUGGCAACAUAUUUUGUAAGGGCAUUGAAUUCAUCGAUUAAAGCGUCCAGAGAUGAAACAUUUUCACGAUGGCCACAAUGGGAUGAUGUAUCAACGGCGUCUGAUUUUGACUUUUUUGACCAAAUCGGUGAUAAUUAUAUACCAGAAUUAAACAGUACUACCAUUUUUUCGGAAUAUAUUUUAAAUGAGAUUUGGUUUUAUCCCUAUUUGCUCAAAUUAUUCAAAUUACCACAGAUAACUAGUACUUCAGAUGAAACUUUUUAUGAUCAUUUUCUUAACUCUCUUUUUUCUGAUGGUACUGAUAAUUCUCAACCUUUAGUAGAUUUGAUUAAGCACGAAAUCGUUAAAAAUUCUGCCAGCCCUGAUAAAUUUACAUUUGCUAAACUGUUCGUUGAAAGUCUUGAGAAAUUUUUGAUUGCUAGAUAUGUUUUGAAACCAGAAAACGCGAUUCUGAUGGCUAGAGCUUUCGUGAGAGCUAUGAAUGACGCUUUAAGGAGAAAUUGGGAUUCAGAUUACGAUCUCAAGAUACUUAUAAACACUACAGAACGCUUUUUGGCAAAAUAUUUAAUUUUCGGACUAGAUAAUACGGAAUCUUGGUCUUCAAUGUUUUUGUCAGAACUGUCUUCCCACCCAAACUUCCUUUUGUCUCGGUCAAUCAAUGAAAUCGCUCCUGAGAUACUGACUGCAUCUGGAAUACUAUCCACUGAAUCUUCAACUAGAGUCAACAAUUUAGCUUCAACUGUGAGAACGGAUAUUCUUUCUUUGAAUGAGGUGAAUAUUACGAAAUUCAGUUACAACUUAGUAUUUGGGGCUUUGCAAAUAAACAACGACUUCCCGAAAUUGAAAUCAGAAAGUGCACUUACGCAAGCUUUGUUGGAAGGUGUAGAAGCUUUAAUUGGUGUUAUCAAUGGGGCGUAUAUAACUGCUUUGGAUGUUUGCGACUAUCAAAAUGAAGUCAUUGAAAUGUGUAAAGCUAUCUUAAGUUUUCUCAAUUUGUGAUUCUAAAUAAUAAUAUGUGAUUCAUGCAAAACCAUGUCGGUAAUGAUAAAUCGGUAAGACUUCAGAUUAGUGUCGAUUUUCUCGCCAAGUACAAUAAAAUUGUACUAAUAAUCUGAGAAAUGGCAAAUGAUUUGUAGACAAACAUGAUCAAAAAUUCUUUUUUCUUUGGAGACCGGACAUUAUUUUUAAGUCGCGCCAAUAAAUCUACCUCAAGAUAUGGUAAUUAUUUAUAUAUUGUAAACGUUUGUUUUAUGCAUCUGAAAUUUAAAUUGAGAAUAUAUGAUAAACAUUUUUCCAUGUAUAGUAAACUUCUUUUAAUAAAAAUAAUGUUUGAUAAUGCAAAAAUUAUU